AGUCCGACUCUCUAACCAGUCAAACUUUUAUUCAUUUUGUCAAAAACAAGACCGUUCUAUUGCAAGAUGAUUUUUCCACUUAAACUACAGCCGAUGUGAUAUUCAUGCAUAUAUGUGAAGUGGUUUUGAAAGUUGUCAAAUUCACUGAUUCUCUCUCUCUCGGCUGUAGAUAUGCUUUUGUAUGGUCCCGUCCCAACCCAUGAGGAUUUCAAACCUGUCUUUUGCAAUGCCUGCAACAAAGUCGUUGAGCCUCAGGACGUCCUGACUCAUUACGGUAGUUGGGGAAUAGUUGAACACUGAGUAGAGAGGACCGCGUCCACCUCGAGCCCUCCAGAGCCAUGCAUAGCAAGAACCAGAGGAGACACUGCUCACCCAGCAGCUCCAGGACCCCUCUAGUUCCUGUCAAGGCCAAGAUGUCGGUGGGCCAGAGCGAGGUGGAGGCCCUUCCCUUCAGGGUUCCUUGCGAUUACCCACACUCACGCUUCAGCAAGGCGCCGCUGGCCGUCUAUCCACCCAAAGGAGCCCGAGCCAAAGCCUGCGUGUCUUUACCUGUGGUGAGUCUGGAGAAGAUGCCGUGUUUCAGCCGAACAGAGGGAGCGCACAUCAAAGUCACCUCCACGUCUCCCACGGCGGGUUGUUCUCUUUCUUUCUCUGCCACGUCUUCCUCUCCAUCUUCCGCUCCUCUCAAGUCCUCCUUGACGUCACCAGCAUCUCACAAGAACCAGGAGAAGUUCCUGAACGGUCGCGGUCCUGUGACGCCUCGCUCCACCACGCCUCCAUCGCUGAUUGACAGGCGGCCCAGCCCGUCACGGUCGCCCUUGGAGAAACGGCCCGCCCCCUCGCCCUCCCCACAGGACAGGAGACCCGCGGCCUCCACGUCUCCAUCUCCAUCCCCGUCGGACCGGAGACCGAUAGUCCCUCCUUCUCCCCCAGACAAGAAGCAUCAGAACGGAGCCAAAGGCGGGCGGCACCGGAGAGUGUCGGGGAGAGUGUUUGAUCCUAAUAAACACUGUGGGGUUUUGGACCCAGAGACAAAGCGCCCUUGCACUCGAUCUUUAACCUGUAAGACUCACUCUCUAACCCAUCGGCGAGCCGUCCUGGGACGGAGGAAAGAUUUCAACAUCCUUCUAGCGGAGCAUAAGGGCCGGGCGAAGGAGAAGGAGACGGGGCAAAAAAAGGAAGCUCAAGCAGGCAGCCAAUCAGUGCAGGUCACACAGUUACAUGAUGCAGCAACCAGCCUAUCCACAAGCUGUAGCAAUGCCAAGACCACGCCCACUCUCAAACUGCAGCUGGCCAAUUCACACUUACACAGAGCGUCUGGUGCAGUCGUGUUCAGCUCUGCGCCCGUUCCUCCUCCUGAACCUGUGCCCGGCUGGCAGCAUCUGUCCAGCGAUGAAGGAGAAACUGACCUCCCUGAGGAGUCCGAGAGGCUGCUGUGCCACUAUUCUCCACAGCACCCACGACCCCUGAGCUGCUGUGCGUUCAGCAGUCGCUUGAUGGGACGGGGUCACUAUGUGUUCGACAGGCGGUGGGACCGGGUGCGGCUGGCGCUCCACUGCAUGGUGGAAAAACACGUCAACUCUCUCAUGUGGAGGAAAGUCCCCCUAGCGGUGGAGAGCGUGACAAGCCCGACUGAAGUUUCUCCCCUCGGCUCUCCGUUCGUCUCCAGCCACGCGCUCACGGCUCCUCUGGACGGCGUCUCCAUGGUCUCAUACUCCACCUCCUUCUCUCAUAACGGAGGUGGGGUUUUCUGCAUCCGGGACCCCGAACCCAGACCCAGACCACAGCGGAAUAAACCGGCUAAGCCGCCCAAAGCCUCAGGGGACGGAACAGGAUCUAAAAAGCGGAAAGCGCCUCCCGCCUCUGAGUCACGAAAGAGCGGGACCAGCGGGAACAGCUACCAUCUGCCACUGGGCGCAGCGCACAUCAGUAACGGGACGGCGGCCCUUAGCGUGCGGGCCAAGCAACGGCCGGGGGGCCAGGGGCCGAGGGACCAAGACAGGGACGGGAGCGUGGAGCUGUCCCUCCCGCAAGCGCUCACCGGGGAUCACGGGGGCGUCUCGUCCCACAGCCCGCUGCCCUACGGAUCCUCUGAUGGGAGGAAGAGGAAGAGCUCUGGCUCGAGCGCCGGCAGCGACAAACCCAGCAAAAGCACCAAAUCCACAGCACUGGAUGGGAUAUUCAGGAAGAGCAGCAGCGGUUUGCUGUCGUCAGCCGCCGAAUCGCCCCACAGCGCCCUCCCCAGACAGCCCAAGGUCCCUCACUGAUGCAGUGUGAGAAGAGCUUCGGACGUCCUGCGAGACACUGUGUCUGUCCUGCCUUGAUCCCACCACUGCCUCUUAUCACUCUACGGUUGAGUCACGUCCUUUGUGUCCUCCUUUCCAACAGAGCUUCUUCCGUUCCGUUCCGUUCGCAUUAGGAAUAAACUCUACAUCUGCCAGCUUAUCGAAGAAUGAUUUCUCACCUUUCCUUUGAAAUGACACGAACUUCAGUUUCAUGCAGAUUCAGAUUUUGAUUUAACCAGUACACAACCCGUUUCAGACAUUUGCGCGAUAUGGAGUUUUAUUUUUUAUUUUCACGUAGAUGGGGACAACAUGAAGGGAAGCCCUUCAGACUCAACCGUGUCGAUCGAUUAAGUGCACUUAAUUUCAAAUCUGAACUACGUACAAAGGAGGGGAAAAAACGUUUCAAACAAGGGAAUAUUUUACAGACGCUUUUUCGGCAAGUUGUAUUUUUCUAAACGGAAUAAAUUCAGGUUUUUGAGUAUUUGUUUUUGACACACAAGUGUUCGUGGAUUUAAAAAAGAAAAAAAAAAGACAGAACUCGCACCCCUGUUGUAAAGCAGCUUUAACCGGUCAUGAAUUUUGUAUAAUAAUUUAUCCUUUAUUAAUUUUCUAACUGACCUGAUUAGUGCUUCACACGUUGUGCAGAAGUAUAUUUGUAUGCCUUUUUAAUAGUUUAAAGUAUUAUAGAGACCCUAUUGUUGGAAAUGUGUGUACAUAUCUUUUAUUAUAAUUGUUUUGUUUUGUAUUUAUUGUUCGUAUCUCUCAGAGGUUCAAGGAUUUAGUGGUUUCUGUCUUCCUCGGUCAUAUGUAUCUUCUAAAGAUGGUUGGUUAUGAAAGGACCUUGCAUCCUUCGCUUGUUCCAUUUAUACUCUCUGAUUAUGUUUUUAAGGAAUACUAACUGAAAUGAUGAUGUACCCACAGGAUCCCAGUCUUUUCUAGAGGAAAGGUACAUUGCUGUGAGCCAGUAUUGGCAGUCGGCCGAGGUCUGAUGUUGUUCGGUCAUAUGUGCACAUUUUAGUGUCUAACCAUCAGGAAUGAAGACCUUCUCAAAGAGUUAACAGAGAAAUGUUUGCGGUUUUAUUUAUUUUUAAG